UUAGUUUCGUGUCCACGGUCGCAGCGCGCACACUAUCUUAUUAUUCACUGGUCGAGUUGUUUCUGCGGGCAGCAACAAGCAACAAUCACUGGACGCUGGGUCUCCGUGGGCCCAAUCAGUCUAUUCAGUCUGUAACGGUCUCCGCGACGCGCCGGACAUUCUAACUCGCCGACCAACUCAUCACUGCCAUUAUAAAACGCACAGAAACCACAACAAUCAAAAUAUAAAAUAAAAAUUAAAACAAAACGUUGUUUAAUCGUCGCAUGUGUUGAAUAUUUAAAAAUAAUAAUUUAUUAUUGUAUUAUAAGUGUGUUUUUUAUAAGUGAAUUUAAACAUAAAACAAACAAAAAGACUGAAUUGUGUUCAUAUAUAGAUAAAUAAUUUUAAAAUAUUGUUUUCUAAGAAGACAAGAUGAGUGGGAAGACGUACGGAAGCGUUAAUUGCGUAAGGACUCGAAUGGUGGUCUACAUGGCAAUACGACAUCAGACCAACACCAAAAUCAACAAAACCUACAGAAGUCGAAGAACAAAGGCAAAAUGAGGGACGAACGUCAGCCAUUGCUCCUCGAGGGAGAAACACAAGAGGAACAUGUUAUGAAUAUGGAUAACAUUACAGCGUCAGAGAAGAGUUUCGACAGCGAUUCGGACCCAGUGCUGAAUCGUAAUCUGGAAUCACCCACGUCCAAUUUGGAUACGAUGAUUCAUUUGUUAAAGGGUAACAUUGGUACCGGAAUAUUGGCUAUGCCGGAUGCUUUCCGGAAUGCUGGUCUUGCAGUGGGUUUCUUUGGUACUCUUCUAAUGGGUGCCAUUUGUACACAUUGUAUGCACAUGUUGGUUAACUGCAGUCAUGAACUUGCCAGACGAAUACAGAAGCCAUCUUUGAAUUUUGCUGAGGUUGUUGAGGCAGCGUUUGAGACUGGACCGGAGAGUUUACAAAAAUAUUCAAAACUAGUCAAGACAUUGAUAAAUAUAUUUUUGUGCAUCACCCAAUUGGGAUUCUGCUGUGUGUACUUCGUGUUCGUCGCGGCAAAUCUCCACGAUGUGGUCAAACACUACUUUAUCGACGUCAAUGUUGUUUGGUAUCUUGCAAUGUUACUACUACCGAUGAUCUUUCUGAAUUGGGUGAAGAAGUUGAAAUAUCUCACGCCGGCUUCGUUGUUCGCCACCAUUCUAACUACAAGUGGUUUGAUUGUGACUUUCUUCUACAUGCUGCAAGGAUUACCGGAUACAUCAUCAGUAAAUGCAUUUUCUUCAUGGGGACAGUUACCAUUGUACUUUGGUACUGCUAUUUAUGCGUUUGAAGGAAUCGGAGUUGUGCUUCCAUUGGAGAACAACAUGAAAACACCGCAGGAUUUCGGUGGUUGGAAUGGCGUUUUGAAUACUGGCAUGGUGAUUGUUGCUUGUUUAUACACAGCUGUUGGGUUCUUUGGAUACUUGAAAUAUGGCGACGCUGCUAAGUUGGGAAGUGUGACUUUAUUGUUGCCACCAAACGAAAUCUUGGCACAAAGUGUACGUCUCAUGAUGGCCGUCGCCAUUUUCUUGUCCUACUGCUUGCAGUUUUACGUCCCCUUGAAUAUCGUGUGGCCCUUGGUCAAGAAACACCUACACACUGAGCGUGCAAUUUAUUAUGGCGAGUAUUUAACGCGAACAAGUUUGGUUAUUGUUACGUUUGCACUGGCGGCGGCCAUUCCCAACUUGGGAGCGGUGAUUUCCCUGGUGGGUGCGUUCAGCAGUUCAGCGCUGGCGCUGAUCUUUCCACCACUGAUUGAAAUCAUUACUUUCUGGCCAAAUCGUCUUGGUAAAAACAACUGGAUGCUGUGGAAGGACAUCGCCAUUAUGAUCUUUGGAAUCUGUGGCUUUGUUGUCGGUUCAUACGUGAGCGUGCUUAAUAUUUUAUAUCCAGAGGAGUAAAUGAGUGAUUGAAUGCCAAAUAUUUAUGCAAACAAGAUAAUAUACUGCUACAGGAGUAACUAUGACAAUAACUAAUCUCAAUUAUAUGAAAUUACGAAUAUCGUUGAUAGUCUCAACGGAUAAUUGUGCAAACUAUUUUUAUGUGCUAAAGGUGUGAACAAGACAAAUAAUAAUAUGCACAAGUAUACAAAGUAUCUCUCAAACAAAAUGAGACACAAAUAAAUCAUGCAUUAUCUAUUUUACUAUAACGCAUGCUUUUAUUUUCUUCGAUUGUUUAUAUUCAAGAGCUUGGAGUAUAGUGGAAGCUGGUGAUAUCAUGAACUAGUACCUUAAGUAUUUAGUUUAAUUAUGUUUAGUAACAAAUGAUGUUUAAUGUGCUGAUGCAGAGUGAAUAUCAAGAAAGAUGAGCGUGAUAAUUAAAAGUUACUAUCAUUAUAGUAGAUAUUAUAUAAAAUGUCAAUGUAAAAACGAGAUAUAUUUUAUGCUUCUUACAUUUAAAAAAAUUAGGCAACCAAAGAUGGAGACAUUUGGUAAUAUUCCACUUUUAUAAUUUAUUAUACGUAAAAUACUGUAAUUUUAUUUCGAGUGUUUUAAACCGAAUUGUUUAAUUACUACUUGUGUUCCAUAUCAAAGAUAUAUUGUAAAUGUAAUGUUAAUUUCUAAUAAUAGUUGUUACAUUUAAUGCUGCGCAAUGUGGAGACUUAAGGAUGAGUUGAUUGUUCAAUCGAAAUAAGUACCAAGGUAAAAGAAAAUGUGUUGAAUUUAUGCUGUGCGGUAUAAUUUAUAAAUCAUUAACAAUCGUAUUUGCCGUUCAAAGCACUGUUAUGGAUCAUGAAAAAUAGGAAAUUAUAUACUAUAUGAUAAAUAUGAACAAUAAUAAAUGUUUUCGUAAA